UGUUGUCGGGUUGGUGGAACUGAUCGGCGGUGUUCCAGUUGAGGAUGUGCUCGAGGAGGUAGUGGUCAUCUUCUUAUAGAGAAUUACAGGAUAGAUCAGCAAGGGAAAUCUUUAGAAUUAUAGGAUAGACCCAGAAGAGAAGUUUUCUAAUUCCUUUGUUCUUUCACUGACUGCCUGACCAUGUGUUCCUUGCGCAUGCCCGUGUUGGUUGCAAUUGGUAUCUGUACAUGUAUGUCACCUGUUAACCACAUUUAAUCCUAAAUUCCAUUAUAUUUCUGAGAGAGCUAGCUGCAAGGCACAGAUUUAUUUGCUGGAUCGAAUGGCCACUAAAGAGCAGAACCAAGAGCUCACAAUUGACGAUCUGAAGACAGAAAUGAAACUGACUGAUGAGCAGCUCAAUACAGCAAUACAGGAACCAGAUCUACCCGAGUUAGCAGCAUGUUUCGACAAUGUUCACAAAGGCUAUCUUGAAAAACUGGAGCUCUUACCUGGAGAACAAACUGACGUGAGGACUAGAGCAUAUAUAGAUGGCACUCUGGCAGGAAUGUUGCUGGCUUUGAAAUUCUGGAUACUGACCAACGGACUAGACGCCACUUUCCAAGCUCUGCUACUCAUCAUACUCUCCCUGCUCAAAGAAGACGUUGCUGUUCGAGUGUGCAAGUACUUGUCUGACAAAUGUGAGUCUGUCAUGUGA